GCCCCAGUCCAACUGACAGCGGCGGCUUGCAGACGAGGCAACGAGAGGAGCAGAAAAGAAGCCCGAUUUCUCCAAUGUCAACAGUCUAUAUUCUAAGGCAGUGAAAUAUAUACAAAUAAUUAACGUGAUGAUGAUAUUAAUUUUUCCUGAUGAUUUUUGUUUAACACACGGAUAUCAGAUUCAUUAUUAAUAGACCAUCUGCCUACACACACUCGAACCGGAACACCGGUUUCCAGGCAGCGUGCGUGGGUAACGUCUACGGUACGAUGGAUGGUAUUCUGUGUCAAUAUCGAUCGGUGUGACUACCUCGAGUCACCUUUGAGUCACUGGAUUGUUUCACGCGAAGGUUUAUUUCUCGAAACGCAACGUGAGUAGGCUAAUCAACUAGUCAUCGUACUGAACGGGCUUUCCUGUCACCACCGGGGUGGAAUUGUGAAACCUUCGCUUAUUGUGGCCCGAAUUCUUUAUUGGAAUAUUUUUGAAUAGAAACAGUUUUUCUUGGGAAAUGUCCUAGUCUUCACAGCUAAUGCCAACGGGACCAUUUAAACCUUAACUAAUCAGAUGAUGAAGAUUCCGUCUCCCUGCGUCAAUGACGGCUAAAAUGGAUACCCCUUUCUACCACGACGAAGCCCCAGGCAUUCCUCACAAUUUCGGACAACACCAUGCAGAUUACCAACGUUACCAGGGCCACAAGAUGAUGAGUAAGAAGGUGGCACAUAACUUCUCAGGCGGUUCCCACAGCAGCUCUGGCCUGAAACUGUUACAAAACCAGCUGGGGAGCAACUGCAAUAUCAAUCCUACUAACCUGGGAGAGAUUAACAGCAACACAAACAGCUCGUUAAUGCCCGGCGGCUUGUCAGAUAUGAACCUUCUGAAGCUAGCCUCCCCUGACCUCGAGCACCUCAUCAUCCAGUCUAACCAGGGCCUGGUGACGACGUCUCCUGUCCCCAACCCUAACGGUGGUAACCCCUUCAUGUACCGGAACAACGCCACUAACGAACAGGAGGGUUUUGCCGAUGGGUUCGUCAAAGCCCUGGCGGAUCUUCAUAAACAGAACCAGCUGGUUGGAGCUCCCGUGUCCCCUUCCUCCUCUAUGCAAGGCCCCUACCAGAGGAGCAUCAUGUCUGCAGGAGAUCUGCCCAUCUAUACCAACCUCAGCAGCUACAACCCGAACCACCCCAGCCAUAUAUCAUCAUCCUACCCAGGGGGCCAGAUGCCCGACAGCUACCCAGGCCACGGCCCCCACGGACCCGGAGGCCAGGGACCCCACCAUCCCCACAACAGGGGGUUUGAUGCCCCUCAGACUGUCCCAGAGGUCCCUCAUCCUCCCGGGGACCCCACCUCCUCCCCUCCCUCGCUCUCUCCCAUCGACCUGGAGACCCAGGAGAGGAUCAAGGCCGAGAGAAAGAAACUACGUAACCGGAUCGCGGCGUCUAAGUGUCGUAAAAGGAAGCUGGAGCGGAUCUCCAGGCUAGAGGAGAAGGUGAAGGUUCUGAAGACCCAGAACUGUGACCUGACCUCCACCGCCUCGGUACUGAGGGAACAGGUGGCCCAGCUCAAACAGAAAGUCAUGAAUCACGUCACCAAUGGCUGCCAGAUAGCAGUGAGUUCAGCCACCCUGCAGGCCAACAGCACCCGGGAGAGGGACAGCACCAACUGUUGAUCAACGGACUGUACUGUACAGGGAUGAGAAGUGUAUUUUUUUCUGUUGCUCUGAGUCAGUCCUCUAUAAAGGAGGUAGUACCUCUACUGUACAGGGAUGAGGAGUGUUGUGAUGGUAAGUGAAAUAUGCUAACUACGUGAGUGGUUGGGGAGAAGGGAGAAUCCCACCUCUCUAUGCUAACUGAUAACUACGUGAGUGGUUGGGGAGAAGGGAGAAUCCCACCUCUCUAUGCUAACUGAUAACUACGUGAGUGGUUGGGGAGAAGGGAGAAUCCCACCUCUCUAUGCUAACUGAUAACUACGUGAGUGGUUGAGGAGAAGGGUGAAUCCCACCUCUCUAUGCUAACUGAUAACUACGUGAGUGGUUGGGGAGAAGGGUGAAUCCCACCUCUCUAUGCUAACUACGUGAGUGGUUGGGGAGAAGGGAGAAUCCCACCUCUCUAUGCUAACUGCUAACUACGUGAGCGGUUGGGGAGAAGGGAGAAUCCCACCUCUCUAUGCUAACUACGUGAGCGGUUGGGGAGAAGGGAGAAUCCCACCUCUCUAUGUUAACAACGUGAGUGGUUGAGGAGAAGGGAGAAUCCCACCUCUCUAACCUCUACAGACACUUUGAGUUGUAGUAGUAACACAACAAGACAUUUCACUUUUAUUUUGCCCUCGCGCAGCCCUGAAAGUGACCAAAGCACCUCUGCUUAACAGGAGAGUACCACAUGAAAACCUCUGCUUAACAGGAGAGUACCAGACUGACGACUGCAGUCUACAACACUGAACCAAGUGACGAUUAGAAGAGUGAGGAGUGGAGGAUAUUGUGCCUCUAGUAUACAGUUCAGUAGGUCCCGGGUGUUUGUGGUAAACAGGAAGUAUAAUAACUGAGAGAGUAUGAAACAUUCGGGGUUCCCAUCACCUCAAAACAAGAAUUUCUCAAUUCUAGGUCAUCUCUAUGAUAAGAAAUAAUAUGAAUCAAAACACUGUUCUAUGGUAUUUUUACCUGAGUAUUGUCAGUUAUAAUUGGCAUUACCUGAGUAUUGUCAGUUAUAAUUGUCAUUAUCUGAGUAUUGUCAGCUAUAAUUGUCAUUACCUGAGUCAGAUGAUAAGGUUACAUGAUGAUGUGAUGUAGAUAAGAGGUGCAGAUUUAUUUCUUUGAGUCACUUUAGUCUCUUGUCUUGGAAUAUAUUAUCUGUCUGUUUAGAAUUGUGCAAUGUGUGUAUGAGAUGACAGCAAAACCAACCUCUUGAGACUUUCAACUCUAAGGGUUGGAUACAAUCCGUAUUGCCAAAGUAUUGCCGAAUAUCCGCAUUACGGCUUGUUUGAUAUUUAAAGACAAUGUUCCCGCGUUUGCAGAGACUAUAUUCACGGUAAAAGAUGCAUAUGUCAGCUUAAUCGGAAAUUACCUUUUAAUUUUAACACGGAUCUUGUGCGAUCCGUUUUGAAUCCAGACCUAAAUGUGUUUUUUAUUAAAUAACUGUGUUCAUGUGAAACAGACAGAAGCUUCUGGUGAUAUAUAAAUAGUUUAAAUAGAUUUAAACCAAUCACAUCUUUGUAAGAUAACUAUUGGUUGUCAUUUUGGAACAUGGCUGAUUCAUUUUGGAACCUUGGUAAUUCAUUUUGGAACCUUGGUAAUUCAUUUUGGAACCUUGGUAUUUCAUUUUGGAACCUUGGUAUUUCAUUUUGG